GGGUUCCUUCUCUACUUUAGUGGACUGAAGAGAGGGCAGCUUAGAAGAACACAUACUUUAAAACUUUAAAAUCGGUGGAGUUAAAAAAAUAAAACGCUUAAAGGAGUGGUUGCAUGCUGCGUUCAGAGACACGACGCGAGUGGAAUGAGAAGACGCGCAAAAAAGUUUUUAAGACGAAUCAUUCAGGAUGCACUUGUUAUUGUUGCCCAAUUUAGCCCUGCUUGUUUGUUUACAAAGCUGUAUAUCAGCUUUUACACUGCCAGCCAGAACCCUGACAUACGAUGAGUCCUACUAUGAGUAUGUUCCUGAUCGCCUGCAGUGGAACAUUGCAGGUGAACUGUGCAACCAGCGCUCUGGAGCUUUAGCCAUUGUCUCCAACUCAGUAGAGAGCCAAGAGCUAACCAGCUUUUUAAAAUCCUUGAAUAUCUCUCAGCCUGUGUGGAUUUCCAGGAAAGUCAUGACACCGCCGACAAGUUCCUCGGAGACCCUGAUUCUCGAGUUCACCGGGCGCUCUGACAGGAAGCAUGCCCGUCUCCUACACGAGUUCCCCGCCAUGGGCUCAGUGACCGUUUGCACCCGUCUCCGCUUCGACCCAAAUUGCUUUGGAUUUUCCACCAUCUUCUCUUAUUCCAUCAAGUCAUUUAUUAAUGAGUUCCAGCUCCGUGCGAACCUGAUCCAGGGCAAGCCUGUUAAGCUGGCUCUGCUGGUCCAUGGCACUCAUGGACCUUACGAAGACGCCUUUGACCAUGACGACUCCUGGCACUCAGUGUGCGUUUCUUGGAGCCAGAAUGGUGGACGCUGGGCACUGUUUACUCAUGGCACCGUGGUCUCUAGGGGUGAUAGCCUAAACAGCUCUAACGCCAUUGGCCGUGAUGGCCAUUUUAUAAUCGGACAGGAGCAGGACACCUUUGGGGGCUCUUUUAAGAAGGAUGAGUCAUUCUCAGGGAGCAUCACUGAGCUGCACAUAUGGGAUCGGGUACUGAACAGCAGCGAAAUCUACGCCAUGGAAAAGGAUUGUUCACCCAUUUCCUCUGGGCUGGUGUUCAAGUGGAGUGAAACAGCAAUGGAUAUAGAUUCCUCCCUUACGAGGCUUUGGAGAGUCAACCCAUGUCAAGGAAACUUCACUGUCUUAGCAAAUUCGUUCUUGGAUAUCCUGGACAGACAUUCUUUGCAGAAUCAAACGUUGUACUUUGAGGUGUCCCACAGCUCUCAGUCUGAUGAGAAUUGUGGCGUCUUUGACCCUGUUAAUGGGAGCCUGAACCUAGUCAAGUGUGACUCAUACAGAGGGGCUGUUUGCCAGUUUAAGAAAGAAGCGCUGGAUGCUUUCACUUUACCAAAGACGCCAUUCUUCAGUAGACUGAGCAAGUAUGCUCUCACCAAGCCUGAGCUGAGUGGUAACACCUCCUGGAACAGAGAUCUGACCUUGCUGCAGCAGCUGACCCAGGCCGUUCUGCAUACGUUGGAGGCCGGUGGCUCGAACCUCCCCGCCUCCAGUGAUGUCCUCUACCUCACCCAGAUGAUUGAGAUAGACUUGACUGCACUGGCUAGCACUCAAUCUGCUGGAGACGAUGCAGCGGAGGUCAUGGUGUCCAUUGCUACUAACUACGUAAAGAUGGCGAGUUUGAUGCUGGAGCCCCACAUGGCUACACAGUGGAUGGGCCUGACAGAGUAUGGGGUAAGCGUGGGGCCGUUUACUAUUGUCAAGAGCAUUGACAAUGUCACUGAAACUCUCGCAGACAUGCUAUCUGCCGAGGGAAGAGGAUUCAGUCUUUCUACCAAGAAUAUAGAUGUGUACAUGAAGUGGCAGAAACUGUCUGAAGAGAGCUGUCGUCAAGUCUUCAAGCCAUCUGCAGUCAGCUCUCACACUGCCAGCAGCAGUGGUCAGGAUGAGUUGCUUAUCCCUGACACUGAACUCCAAAGAUUACACAGUCUGGGAUAUACAGAAUUGAUGUUUAUUCAUACCCACUACAGCCAUCUGAGUGAGAUUGUUUCUGGAGUACAGGAGCCUGCACUGAGUCACCAAGAGAAAGUAAAAAGAAUUCUCCCAGGUCACCUGGCUUCUGCUGUCAUAUCAGCCACCGUUCGUGAUACCUUCAAGGCUCAAACCAUCCCUGUGGCGGUCGAGUACACCCUUUCCUCAUCACAUGUGGGGGAGUACUCACAGCGUGUUACUCCUGUUUGUGUCUUUUGGAAUUUCAGCUUGAUGCAUAAUCAUUCCAACAGCUGGUCCAGUGAUGGUUGCAGGGUGACCUUUGCCGGCUCUGGUGUCACUUCCUGUCAAUGUAACCACACCACCAACUUUGCAGUGCUGAUGAAUUACCUGGAGUCGAAGUGGACUCCUGAGGAAGAGCUUAUUUUGACCAAACUGACGUUCAUCGGCUCUGGCGCGUCUCUGUGUGCGCUGGUGGUGACCUUGAUGCUGUUCACUGUGCUGGAUAUCCCCAAAUCUGAUAGGACAUCCAUCCAUAAGAACCUGUUCAUCGCUCUGAUCUGUGCCCAGGUGAUACUGCUUUGCAGUGGCUCAGCCAUUCACAACAAGGUGGCAUGUACACUUGUGGCAGCACUGCUCCAUCUCUUCUUCAUGGCAGCCUUUAGCUGGAUGCUGGUAGAGGGUCUGCUCCUUUGGAGCAAGGUGGUCGCAGUCAACCUAAGCGAGGACCGACACAUGAAGUAUUACUAUCUCAUCGGCUGGGGUCUGCCUGUACUGAUAGUCACCAUCACACUGGCCUCAGCCUCGGGCAAAUACUCUGCUGAUGGCUACUGUUGGCUGAGUGUCCAGAACGGCGUUAUCUGGGGCUUUGCUGGACCCAUCAUCUUCAUCAUCAUGGUGAAUAUCAUGGUACUGACCAGGGUUGUCGUAAUCACCAUCUCUACAGCCAAGAGAAGGUCCAUCAUGUUGGCUAUGGACACCAGUCCUGCAGAACAGGCCUAUGAGCAAAUGAGGGCUGCAGUGAAAGCAGUGCUGGUGUUGCUGCCCAUCCUCGGAUUGACAUGGCUGUGUGGCGUCUUGGUGCCUUUCUCCAUUGUCAUGGCCUACAUCUUUAUCCUCCUCAACUCCCUGCAGGGCCUGUUCAUCUUCCUGAUAUAUGGGGUGUACAACACAGAGGUUCGGAGCACGGUCAACAGGAUCAAGGAGAGGAGAAAAGCGCUUAAUUUUUCAAACUGUGCCAGUUCCCGACCAUCCAGCUCAGUUACCAGCUCUCGCCCUGUCAGUUUCCCACUAGGAACUACCCCAAGCCAAGAAGAGGAGGCCACUCCUACCUACACUUGCAAGACCACCCCAGGCUUGGGGAAGGAGGAAGAGAAGUCCAGAGGUCAGCUGUCCAUUCCUUGUGUUCCAGAGAGACUAGAAACUUCCUUGAGCCAAACCUCCAAAGGGCCUCAUCUGCAUACAAAGGAGCCUCGUCCCCCAGAGGUGGAUGCCUUGCCGGCUGCUUGUAGUCUUCAUGUUCCCAUGGAGCUGGAGUUUACAGCUUCCUGCUUCCCUCGCAGCCCUGCGCCUCAGAAAAGCUAUGGCCUCGUCUACGUUGACUGACCUGGCUGGUGACGGUGAUUGUAGUUUUGAUAUUGUGAUUCAUUUUUAAAUCAGAGUUGGUAAAAUCUUGUAUUAUAGCUCCUUUUUUUCCUCAACUCUUUAAUUUUCUGUCACCUAUGAUGAUUGUAGAGAUGCAGGAAUGUUUGGUACAUGUGUGUCCAAAUAUAGUGCUGCAUACUGUUGUAGUGUUUUUAAGUAUUUUCAGUGAUCCAGGGCUCAUUCUGCCUUUAACGCUUAUUUUAAGAUGCGCUGGAUAAUAAUAUAUCAUAAAGCCUCAAAUAAAACUUAAAUUCCAAAUUUUCACUAAAAGUUUAUUGAUUUUUGCAUUUGGUAUAAUUGUAUGUUUUUCAUUGUGUAAUCUCUUUCAUGGCUUUACUUGCUGUUUGCUUGUGAAAGCGUUUCUGUAUAUCCAGUUAAAGUGUGCGGUAGUACUGCAGUGUGGUACAUGAACUGAGUAAUGGGGAGUACUUGUGACCCAUUAUUGUGAGAUACAUAUCAUGUGUCCCUGGUUUGAUUCAAGCUGACAUUUUUAUCAGUGCAGCGUAUUUCUUGAUUCUGCCUGUGUACACAAGAAGGAAUAUGUCCACAGACAAAAUGCAAUUAAACCCCUUUACUUAAUAUCCACUGUUCCUGAACUCUCCUAGUGUGUCACUUUGCAGAGUUGACAUGUCAACUAUCAAAUAAAGGCCAGAAUGGCCUAAAAAAGGAGAAAAAGAGUCAUAGUUUUCAAGGUAUCAUUUGUUGUUUCUGCUCAUGAGGUUUGUACAGUAGACAACAUAUCUACACAGAUUAAAAACAAAAGCACAAUGAAUUUAUAAUCCGGAUCUGAUGCUGGUCACAAGACAAAACGUCUUUAAAGAACAAUGUCCCAAAGACAAUACAAUUUCAGAACUGGAGUACCUAUUAUGUAAAUGUUCUUUACACAACAUAUAUUAAGGAACAAAAAGAUUCUCUAUAGAAUCAAACAUUUCAAAAUUUGCAUAUCGCGUCAAGUCACGCCAAUUGUAUUUGUAUAGCCUAAUAUCACAGAUAGCAGAUUUACCCGAGGGGCUUUGUGAUCUGGGGAUUUUCUCAUUCCUACUAGUUUUACUGUAAUGUUAUUCAAGAUAUGUUGGAGUUCUCCCACAAAAAAACACAUGUAAUGGAACUGGACUGUUAGUGUGCGCAGGAAGCGAGAAUCUGGUGUUAUAAGCAUAAUAAUUAUUUAUUGAAAUAUGAAGAAAAAUUCCGUUAGCCUCAGAGAGAGACCCCCCC